AUGAAUACCAAAAAUGAAUCACCCACAUUCACAACAGAUGUCGCCUCAGGGAUUGUGGACACGAAAGUUCACGUUCACGCAAGGACAAUCGUAGCAAUAGCGGCUGUCUGCUUCAUAACUGUGGCGCAAUUAAUGUCUGUCGUCGGCUCAGGCGUUUUGGCUCGAGAAAUGGCCACUACUCUGGGUGCCCCAAGUCUAUCCGCAUGGUUUGGAGCAAUCAUAACAACACUAACCCUGGCAACAAUUCUUCCAAUCAGCCAGGCCUCGGACUAUUGGGGCAGGAAACCUUUCAUACUAGCAUCCUCCACGUUUGGUGUAGUUGGAUUCAUUAUUGUAUCUCGGUCAAAGAACAUUGCGACCUGCUUGGCUGGCUUCACGCUCGGUGGUGUGGCAUUUGCCUGCCAGGCUGUUUGCUAUGCCAUCCCCUCCGAGGUCUUACAUCGCAAAUAUCGUGGAUACGGUCAGGCUAGCGUAACCAUCGCAGCCGGUCUCGGCGGUAUGAUUGGAAUCAUAAUUGGUGGUGCCUUCACGCGGUCAAAUGGCGAAAACUGGCGUAAUUACUGGUACAUCUGUUUCUCAUUGUAUGCUUUGGGACUUGUAGGCAUCUUUUUCGGAUACAAUCCGCCACCACGAGAGCUUGAAGUUACGCUUAGUACACCACAAAAGCUCCGCAAGAUCGACUGGAUUGGAACCUUUCUCAUCGCCGUUGGAUUGAUUUUAUUUGUCAUCGGGCUCCAAUGGUCUGGCAAUCCUUACCCUUGGAAGAAUGGCCACGUUUUAGGACCCUUUGUCACCGGUAUAUGCCUGCUUAUUGCUUUCGGCAUUUGGGAAUGGAAAGGCACCAACGAAGGAAUUUUACAUCACAGCCUUUUCAGGGACCGGAAUUUGCCUAUUUCGACACUGCUCAUCUUCAUUGAAGGUCUCGCGUUCUUUACAGUGAACAACUUCUUCGUCUUCGAGCUUAUCAUUGUCGGUCAUGUCGGCUCAUUCCCUGCCGUCUUUCGAUUUGCCGUUAUAUUUGCGGCUUCAAUUGUUACUGCAUUCCUCACGGGAGUUUACAUCACCUGGUCGAAGCGGGUUCGGGAGCCACUUGUCUGUGGUUUUCUCUUACUCACAACAUUCCCCAUUUUGAUGGUGUUCUUUAAAGGGAGUCUCCCAGCAGCUAAUGCAUACGGCUACGCGACCAUUUCUGGCUCAGGCCUUGGGUUGAUACUAACAGCUGCUCUAGUGGCAGCUCAAAUGAGCAGCCCACCAGAUCAGAUUUCCCUGAGCUCUGGACUUCCUACAGCUGCCCGAUCUCUUGGAGGUGCUGUCGGGGUAGCGAUCAACAACGCAAUUUACAAUAAUAGUCUCAGCUCCAAACUGCCUCGCUUAAUCGCUGAAGCCGUCCUUCCUUUAGGAUUCAGUCCUAAGGACCUUCCUGCACUGAUUGGAGCGAUUGCAUCCCAGAAUCAAGCUGCUAUAGUUGCGAUUCCGGGCGCCACACCAGCGAUCAUUGGUGCAGCGUCUCAAGCUACAACAGAAGCCUACAGGCUGUCUUUCAAGAACCUUUGGAUUGCAUCCGCCUGCUUUGCAGGUGCUGCUGCUAUUUGUAGCUGUUUUAUUAAAAAUUCUCCGGCUAAAUUCACCGAACACAUUGAUGCUCCAGCAGAGGCAGAAGUUUUACGUGACCAAGAAGACAUUGAGAUGAGAUAUCAUGGUAAGACUGACGAGGCAAAUAUCUGA